UCCGUCUUCGACCGCUAGAGCAAAAGCUCACGUCACGUACUCACGCUAGUACAAUUUUACGGCACUUGGAUUUUGACGUGUGACAGCAAAUUGCAACCGCACAGUUGCGAUUUAAUAGUGUUUCGAAAAUAAAGACAGUCGGUAAUGAAAUAGUGAUUAAAAUGGCUGAGAGUAAAGGUGCGUUAAUCGCGAAAUCAGUGCAAAAACACGCUGGACGUGCAAAGGAGAAGUUGCUCCAAAAUCUGGGCAAAGUAGAUCGGACAUUGGAUGAUAUCUUCGAGGAACACCUACAGAACUUCAACCGCCAACACCAGCAAGCGACGAGACUGCAGAAGGAAUUCAACAAUUACAUACGAUGCAUAAGAGCGGUUCAGACAGCGUCAAAGACGCUAAUGGAAGCGAUCACAGAGGUUUACGAAAGCAGUUGGUCCGGGCACGAUUUGCUCUACGUUCAAGCGCAGAACAUGGAGAUGCUCUGGCAGGACUUCUCGCACAAGCUCGGAGAUCAGGUGUUGAUACCGAUCAACACUUACACGAACCAGUUCCCUGAAGUUAGGAAAAAAAUCGAAAAACGUGGCCGAAAACUCGUAGACUAUGACAGCCAGAGGCAUAGUUUCCAGAAUUUGCAGGCGAAUGCAGCGAAAAGACGGGACGAUGUUAAGAUAACGAAGGGCAGGGAGCAGCUGGAGGAGGCCAAGCGCACGUACGAGGUCCUGAACUCGGAGCUACACGACGAACUCCCCGCGCUCUACGACUCACGCGUGCUGUUCUACGUCAACAACCUGCAGACGCUGUUCUCUGCUGAACAGCUGUUCCACUCCGAGAGCUCCAAGGUGUUCUUGGAACUGGAAGCGAUCACGGACAAACUAGCGACUGAGAGCCAGCGUGGUAGCUACAAGAAACCAGCCAUCAAACCGGCAACCAACGGCGGCACCGAUACUCUACAGACGCCGCCCUCCCCCGCGCUGAACGGCGCGCCCUCGACCCCCCCGAGGGACUCCCUCGCGAAGAACCCCCCCUCGAGAGAGUCCCCUUCGCCCGCGACCCCCCAGAGGGACCGCCCCUCGCCCCCCGUGCCAGACUCCCCCCGGGACGACACCAGCGACAGGAAGGUCGAGGACUUGUAUGAUAUACCUGUCGGGUCGCCGGAAACACCAGAGAAAGUCAACAAUAACAUCGAAGAAAAGAAACAGGUUAACGACGAAAAGCAAAAAGAUCAAGAUAAAGAUAAGGAAAUAGAUAAAGAAAAAGAUGUCGAUAAGAAAGAUAUAGAAAAAGAUAAUCAAAUGAAGAACGAAGAAGUUUACGAUAUACCAGUUGGUAAGUAGAAAAUGUGUUAAGGUAUGGGGUAUACUAUAUAUAUAUGUAGUGUACAUUGGCUUUGAUAAUAGAAAUAUGUGUUGCUCUAUCAAAAUAAUUCGAAUGUAGAUAAAAAAUUAAUAUACUUUUUUUAUUAAUAAUAGCACAGACUAAAUUUCAUCAUAUAAUUUGAGAGAUUAUAAAUUAAUUUUUUCAACAAUUAAAAAUAAGUUUAUUGACUGUAAAAUUUACGGUUCAGGCAUCUUCUAAAUAAGUUAAACAAUUUAAAAAGAUUGAGUGUAAUUGAAUUGAGCUAGCUUUAAAAAUUUGUUCGGUAAAAUUACUUUAAAUUGGGCUAGUAGCAACACAUAUUUGUAUUUCAAAUGUUUCUUGUAAUACAAAGUACAUUUUCCAUUUUUAACAAUUAAUUAAAAUAAAUAAAUAAACGAUUAAAAAUUUAAGUUCCGUGAUAUAAAAGUAUUUUUUCUUGUCAUUUCUUUUUCUGUCUCUGAGUCGUAAAACUAUUUAGAAUUAUGAUAAGUAAAUAUUUUAAAGUACUAGCCUAUAUAUUGCAAUAACGAAAAUAAAAAUUUAAAAGAGGUUCA